AUGAAUACCAAUAAUCAAUUAGACAAUUCAUCGAAUGAACCAACAACUAAUUUAGAACAGAUAUCACCUAUUCCAAUAAAUUCAUUUCCAGUUGAUGGAAGAAAUGAAUGUAAUCCAAUUAAAAUAUGUAAUGAAUACUAUGAUAAUAAGAAAUUCAUCACUUCAUCUGAAUUUAUCCAUAAUAACAAUUAUCAUCUUAUGCAUAAUCCAAAUAACAAAAUCAAUAAUAAUAAUAAUAAUAGUAUCCGUGAUAAUACUACUCAUGAUAAUUUAGUAGUUAAACAAUCAUUAUUAUCUAAACAAAAUGAAAAUACAAAGAAAACAAAUCAUUUUGUUAAUUAUUUAUUAGAAAAUAAUGAAUUCAAUCAAACUAAUAUUAAUGUGAAUCAAGAUAAAAAUGAUAAUAAAAAUUUAAUAUUAUUUGACAUGAUGAAUACAUCAUUGAAUUCACCAUCUUCAUCGAUUUCAUCCAAAUCCGAUCUAGAUAAUCAUAAUAAUAAAAAUUCAAAUGAUUAUUUAUCAAGGAAAAAAUUACAACAAAAUGUUUCAUUUAAAAUACAAUCUAUUCAAGGGGGUAAGAAAGAUCGAAAUACUGAGGGUAGAUGUCCAAUAAGAGAUUGUGAUGGAACUGGGCAUGCUACCGGAUUGUAUUCAUACCACAGAAGUGUUUCUGGUUGUCCACGAAAGGAUAGAGCUAGUGUAGCAGAAUUGGCUCUCUAUCAUCAAACUUUACAUUGUCCAACUCCAGGAUGUACCGGUAGAGGACAUGUUAAUAAUAAUCGUUCAUCUCAUAGAAGUUUUUCUGGUUGUCCUCUUGCAAGUCGAAAUCGAAGCAGACAAUCAAAGCGGCCAUUAUCACCGCAAAAAAUUGAAACGCGUCAUAAAUCAAAUCAUGAAAGUAGUAAUACAACAUUUACUAAAAAAUUUUGCCAAUCAAAUAGUUUAAAUAGUAAAUUAAAUCCAUGUCAUUCAUCACAUUCAACAUUAUCCACAUCAUCAUUACCAUUAACUGGUUUCAUGAAACAAUCACAACAAUUUCAAGGAAUACCUUCAACAGAUUUAUUUGCAAACAUUCCUCUUGAAAAUAUGAAUCAUAUUGAAUCAACAAAUUCAAAUCAUUUAAUUCAUGAAUUCUCUGAUUCGUUUUCUAAAUCAAUUUAUAACUUAUUACCUAAUCUUAUAAAUACACCACAGUUUUCAAAUUUAUUAAAUUGUUCAACUACAAUGACUAAUAAUGACAGUAAUAUGGUUAAUUUAUAUCAUAAUUCACAAACUCUUUAUCCCAUGUUUAAUUCAUCUUCAUUCAUUAAUAAUAAUAAUGAUAAUAAUAAUGAUUCAAAUGUGAAAGAUUCCUUAUCAUUAUCAAAUAUUUUAGAAAAAUCCACUUCAUAUAAUUUAAAUUUACCACAAUAUGAUAUAUUUCAACAUUCAUUCAUAUAUCAUAAUCCAUACAAGGGUAAACAUUUAAUACCAACAAAAUUAAUGGAUACUAAUCAUAAUAUUAUUGAUAAUAAUGUAACAUCUGAGAAAUCAACUAUAUUAUCACAAAUUAAUUAUGGAUUAGAAAAUGUUUUAAUUAAUGAUCAUCAUUUCUUGAUAAAUCAAUAUUCACCAACAUCAUCAUCAUCGUCAACAACAACAUCAUCACUACCAACAACAACAACAUCUUUAUCAUCAUCAUCAUCAUCAUCAUCAUCAAUGUAUCAUUCAUAUACUGAUUUAAACAAAAAUUAUUCAACAUCUAAUUCUAUAUGUAUUGAAAAUAAAUUAGAAUAUCCGAUAGAUUUAUCUGUACAUUCAAAGAACCAAUUAGAAAAUAAUGAUAAAAUUGAUAAUGUGCCAACGGAUAAAAUAAUUGGUCGAUCAUUUGAAAUUGAUAAUCUAUGCCCGGAAUUACAUGAAUCUAAAAAAGAAGUAAAGAAUUUAUCUUCAACUAUGAAAUUAAUGAAUCCAAACAACAAUAAUACCAUAGCUACUUCUCAUCCCCCUACUAUUCACAGUUUUACAGAUAUGCAUCAUUCAAAAAAUUCAUCUCUAAACUCCAAUAGUUUUCUAGGUGGAGCUUUAUCAUCAGUCGAUGUGCUUUCAAAUAAAAAACAUAUUUAUGCAAACAAAAAGCAUUCUACUAACAUGGGAUGUUUAAAUCUAUUACAAGGAAGGUCAGAAUUCGAAGCAGCAAACGUUCUUUUUGCAUUCAACUAGGAAUUUAUGACAGAUACACAUAAAACCAGAAGAUUUUCACUUCCAACAAUAAUAAAAGGAAGUCAUAUAUAUUCAUCCUGCAUUUAAUGAAUACGUGUCGUAAUAUGGUCCUUCAUUACUUCAACCGACAAAUCAAUUUGAGGCUAAUCCUAUUCGCUUAACCAAAUUAUUUCAAUCUACAAUUUAUACUACUAACAAUGCUUAUCAACAGUAAAGUAUUGAAAUAGAAAUUCAGAAGAUACCUAUAGUUUCAAAUUAACUUGGAAUAUAUGUGUUAGACUAGUUUCGAUAUCUUUAAUCAUUGUAUUGUACAGAAAAUUUACUAUUUAACCUAUUUACUAAAGUUUUAAAGGUACAAACAGUUUUUAUCGUCACUUUCUGUGUUACUUCACUAGUGGAAGCAAUAGAAUGACAAAAAAUAUUUUAAAUUGGAUUGAAUAAAAAUCAAACAGUCGAUUUGAUAACGAUUACACUUUUGUGAAUUUAU